AUGCAUAAUCAAAAAAGACGAAUUGGAUUUGAAUUAGUAUUGGCGAUUAGCCUUUGCCUGUUCAUGAUCAGCAAUUUAGUAACUGCCACAGGAGGCGAAUCAGAGAGACUCAACAGGACUCCACCGACUUUGGAAGAUCUAGCCAAACUCAACUUUGUUUGGGCCCAAAAGAUGCUAAAAGAGUAUAACAAUGGCCACAUCCGGUUCUUAACUGACGGGCCAAAGAGAAUACUGUGGUGCCCAUCCAGUAAAUCCUGGAUGUUUUGGAAGAAGAAGAGUAUCGGGACCCCAUUGAAAUCUAUCAAAGAUAAAGCAGUCAAAGCCAAGUUUCUGAGAUCUGGCUUUUAUGAUGAACUCCUCUUUUCACCCAAUGACUUAGAUUUAGUUAAACAGACCGCAGCUCUGCUGGUUGAGCUGUCUAAGCCCAAUAGUAAUUCUCUAUUUUUACAGCUUAGUAUUACUAAGGAUAUUCCCAAUUUGAUUGCGUUAUACGUCACUCUAAACGAGAAGCCCUAUGCUAAGCAAAUAACCCAAACAACUGUUCUGCCAGAGCACAUGGAAUUGGCUGAUAUUCUCGCUCGGUGGAUUCAUCAAAAGGUGUUUACUCCGGACGAAGUUGAUGAGCUUGAAAGGGCAGUAAUGGGCCCUAAGAAACCAGUCGAAAGCGAAUCCUCUGACAACCAAACACCAACCACGCCUGCUGUUAUUUAUAGCCAGGUCAGUCGAACACUAACCCAAGGCCGCAAUUUAUACCAAGCCCCUCUCGUCAACGGCAUGCACCCACUCAACAGAGAGCUGUACAGUUAUGGCCUCAACUACAUGUAUGACAGCAAAAGGAAGACGUUCGUUUUUAUUAAGCACAAACAGACCCUUAGAGAUAUGGCCUGGGAUGCCCGGUUUUCCUUUGAAGAUGCUGUUCGUUUGAGACAUGCUAGGGAUAAUGAGUACAAGAUAGUGAUAGAAAAGAGGGAAAUAGCCCAUUUUCAGAAAGCCAUGCAGAAUUACUUGGGCUACAAUGAGAACAAGAAGUUUCAACGAGAUAGCAGCCAGCUCAUCAAGUCCUUUAAAGAGUAUGAAAAGUCCCAAAACCCAAAGAAAUCACAACACAAGAAUAUAACGGUUAACCCAAAAUAUGAAGAGUUAGUAGUCACUGGGCACGAAAAGAUAGAAGAGGUCGAAGAGCUGGAGAAUGAGCAACAGAUAGCGACGGAAGGAGAAAAGCAGCAGCUAGAUGUGACCGAAUCACCGAAACCAAAUACAUCAGUGGCCUCUGAAGUGGAUGAAGAAGAGCAGCUAGAUGUGGCGGAAUCACCGAAAUCAAGUACAUCAGUGGCCUCUGAAGUGGAUGAAGAAGAGCAGCUAGAUGUGGCGGAAUCACCGAAAUCAAGUACAUCAGCGGCCACUGAAGCGGAUGAAGUAGAGAAGUUAGAUGCGACCGAAUCACCGAAACCAAGUACAUCAGCGGCCACUGAAGUGGAUGAAUUAGAGCAGCUAGAUGUGACCGAAUCACCGAAAUCAAGUACAUCAGCGGCCACUGAAGUGGAUGACGUAGAGCAGCUAGAGGAUGUGGUAAAACAGAUAAAGUCAAAGAGAAGAUUGGAUAUGACCAAUCAGCGGCUGAAAGAGAGCGAGGAGGCAUUGGCGGCAGCAAUAGAGGGACUGGACGCAUCAAUAAACAAGAGGGCCAAGCAGAUAGAGACACGGCAAAAGGUAGCGCAAUUGGCAAAAGAGCUAGAAGAGCUGAAAGAGACACUGAAAGAGGUAAAAGGGCUAGAAGAGGCACAGAAAGAGACAAAAGAGCCGGAAGAUUUAGAAAUGCAAAAGAGACUCGCCCAACUGAGAAAGGAACUGGGUGCCGCGGAAGAGGAGUUUGAGAAGCUGGCAAAAGAGCUGAAAGAGGCAAAGGGGCUAAAUGAGUUAGAGGAGCUGAUAGAAGAGCUAGAUGCGGAGGUAGAGAAACUUGAUAAAGAGAUGAAGAAUGCAGAGCACCAAAACGUAGCAACUACCAGUCCGCAAUCUAGUUAG